AUGCUGACUCUGUUGACGUCCAUGUACCUGGUGGUCCGGGCCGUGUCCCCACAGGCUGAACCGAUCCGUGUGGUGGUGACCGGCGCCGCUGGCCAGAUCGCCUACUCGCUGCUCUACAGCAUCGCCAAGGGCGACGUGUUUGGGAAGGACCAGCCGAUCGUCCUGAUCCUGCUGGACAUCCCCCCGAUGCUGCCGGUGCUGGACGGGGUGGUCAUGGAGCUGCAGGACUGCGCCCUCCCCCUGCUGAAGGAGGUCAUCCCCACCGACAAGGUGGAGGUGGGCUUCAAGGACAUCGACGCCGCCAUCCUGGUGGGCUCCAUGCCCCGCAAGGAGGGCAUGGAGAGGAAGGACCUGCUGAAGGCCAACGUGGCCAUCUUCAAGACGCAGGGCGCCGCCCUGGACAAGUACGCCAAGAAGACCGUCAGGGUUCUGGUGGUGGGGAACCCGGCCAACACCAACUGUCUGAUCGCCUCCAAGUCCGCUCCCUCCAUCCCCAAGGAGAACUUCUCCUGCCUGACCCGCCUGGACCACAACAGAGCCUGCUCCCAGGUGGCCAUGCGCUGCGGCGUGUCGUCCGACCAGGUGAAGAACGUCAUCAUCUGGGGGAACCACUCCUCCACCCAGUACCCCGACGUGCACCACGCCCUGGUCAGCGUGCACGGCAGCCACCCCGCCUACGAGGCGGUGAAGGACGACGCCUGGCUGCAGGGAGACUUCAUCUCUACGGUGCAGCAGCGUGGAGCCGCCGUCAUCAAGGCCAGGAAGCUGUCCAGCGCCAUGUCUGCUGCCAAGGCCAUCUGUGACCACAUGAGGGACAUCUGGUUCGGGACCAAGGAGGGGGAGGUCAUAUCCAUGAGUGUACGCUGCGGCAACUCCUACGGCAUCCCGGAGGACCUCAUCUACUCCUUCACCGUCCCGAUCAAGAACAAGACCUGGAAGAUGGUGGACGGACUUCCCAUCAACGGCUUCUCCCGUGCCAAGAUGGACGCCACAGCGGCAGAGCUGGUGGAGGAGCGGGACACCGCCCUGGACUUCCUGUCCCAGUGACUGUCUCUGUCCCCCCCUGCUGGACAGCAGCAGCAUGUAGACCCCCUGAAGCCCGUCUGCUCCCGGCUGUGAAGACCAGCCUCACCGCUCCACCCUGCUUCUGUGUGUGUGUGUGUGUGUGUGUGUGUGUGUGUGUGUGUGUGUGUGUGUGUGUGUGUGUGUGUGUGUGUGUGUCCUGUCUGUUAGACACCAGGAAAAGGUGUGUGUUGGUAGAAGGUAACAUUCAGUAGCUGUCCUGGUUUGAAACCAAUAAAAGAACCUGACAGAACCAAGCCUCUG